AUGCGGGAGUCGUCCGUGACCAUAGAAGCGCCGCAGAGGCUGGAGCACGGGGCCGACCAGGGCCCAGGCGGUCUCACUCUGGCGGCGGCUUCCCGGCGCGGCAACCUGCAGUCCGCCGAUGCCAGCCGCGCGUCGCUGCUCGCUGAACAGCCCAAACGGGCGGCCGUGCCGCUGUUCGACCCCGCGCGCAUCGACGCGAGGACCGUCAUCGAUGGCCUCAAGCGCGACAUGGCGGACGAACAGGCCGGAAAGUCCAAGAACCGGGCCACGACCCGCACCGGCACGCGGCGAGUCGAGGACUGGGAGGUGCUGCGGUUCAGCGCGGCGGCGCUGGACGACCCGAUGCAGUGCGUGUGCGAGGUCCUCGGGUUCCGCAGCGAGGACGAGAUCGCCAUGGAGCGCACGGUGGAGGUGAAGCAGCUGGGGCCCGAGGCGGGCGCGGAGCCGGACCCGGACGGGCGGUACCAGAUGCGGGACCGCGAGCCGAACGGCGGGGACCUGCUGAAGAAGACGCGCAGGACGACGAAGUUCAAGGGGUCGCUGGAGGGCGCGUUGUCGACGCUGGACGACACGCUGGCGCGACUGGGGCCCAGGUCGCACCGCAACACGCUGCAUGUCGCGAAGCGGUCGUCGCCGAAGAGGGCCGCGAAGGCCGUCGCGCGGAACGCGGCGAACGCCGCGGAGGCGCGCGCGGUGCCGCCGCGCAGGCCGAGUGGCGCCGGGAGCGGCACGCCGCAGCCGACGCCGCGGGCGCGCGGCGGGAAGGCGCAGGAGCCCCCGCGGGUCAAGUCGCCGCCGCGGACGCUGACGGAGUCGGCGACGACGAAGUCGCGCAACGCCCGCAGCAAGCGAGGGGAAGAGGACGACGUCGUGGAGCUGCCGGCGCUGCAGUGGUACUGGCCGGACACGCGGCCGCCCAAGGUGUGGCGGCGGCGCGCGGUGCUGCGCACGCCGUCGCAGACGACGGAGCACUCGGGGCCGCCGGGCUCCAUGGGCCUCCGGUGCAACAAGCUCUACCUGCACCGCGGCGGCCACGACAAGCAGGACCACACCCUGGACGCCACCCUCAACUGGGCGUACCGGCUGCUCUUUCGCAUCGAGGGGUUGAUGCAGCGGUAUCCCUCCGUCCUGGACUGCGCGGAGGCCCCGGCGAUCAAGACGAGCCUCCACCUCGCGCUGAUGCGCAUCCACGAGGCGCUGGCCUCCCAGGACCGCCCCCUGGCGCGCAACCAGCUGCAGGUUGCAAAAGCGCGACUGGUGCUCGCCGCCCAGGCCAUGGUCGAGCAGGCCGUCGACGCGGCGGGGCAGCACCACGACGACAUGGAGACGUGGCUCGCGAUGCGCCGCCAGGUCGACCCGGACACGCGCACCGGCGUCGUCGGGGGCGGCGGGUACCACCUCGCCAAGCACGCCAUUGCCAACGCGGACGGCGCGGCGGACAAGUUCGCGGCCGCGAUCGCCGCGUUCACGUCCAAGGGCGACAGCAUCGUGCACGUCGGCGUGUCGACCGCCAUGGGCCGCGACGGCGAGAAGCCCCCGCCGCCGCAGCCCGGCGUGCCAUCGAGUCCGAGCUUCCGCCUCGGCCGGAAGAAGCCGGACGCGAAAGCCGUUGUCCCGGCGGCGUCGCACGGCCCACCGGCCAUGGCGGACUCGCGGGCGAAGUUGUUCUGGAGCAUGGGCGGGAAGUGGCGGAAGCACCUGAACACGCCCGCGCAGCUCCCGGACGAGGACGACGAGGCGAGGGCGGCCGAGCCCGUGCGCCCGCCGUCAGCGUCGGCGAUGGCCCCCAAGCGGUGGAGCAAUCUGUGGCAGGCGGGGGCGCGGGUGGGGGCGUCGCGGGCGCGGACGCCGGCGGUGGAUCCGACGUCGCGGCUGCUGCCGCGGGAGAUGCUCAUGUCGCUGGCCACGCGCCAGACGCACGUGAUCGACAGCGACGUGGUGGGGUGCAUUCUUGACAACAAGGACCUGCACGCGAAACAGCACGGGCUGGACACGAAGCAGCCGCUCCUGCCGGGCGUGCCGGAGGCGCUCAGCGAGUGCGGGUCGCCGUGA